UUCUUCUCUCUCUCCUUUCUCUCUCCAGUUAGUGAGGUAACCAGAAAAAAAAAAAGAAAAAAAAAUCCAAAAAAUUUGGGCGUCUCAUCAGAGCUCAAACGGGGUUGGCUCCAAGGAAGAAAGGGGGCAUAAUCAGCAAGUUUUAGCUAUUUUGGGGUACUUUCCGAGCUAUCGUAAUCUUGUUGUUAGGUUUGAAGCCUGCAAUUUUGAUUCAAUUUAGGUUUAGGGUUUUGAAGAAUUCUAACAGGUUAUGUUUCUGCGACGAAGCAGGUCAUGAACUUGGGGCUAGGGUUUCGUUUCUGUUCUUCUGCAUAGGAGGGUUUUUGGUUUUUGGUUUUUCUUUUGUUGCUAAUUCUGUUCUAUCGUCGAGGCUGUAAUGCUCGACUGAUGGCAUCGGUGAAUCCACAACCACUGCAAAGUCUUCCUCCUUAUGGAGGCCAUGAAGAUCGUAUGCAGAUCCCUAUUCAGAUCGAUGACGACGAUGGUGGAUACGAAGCUGAUGGAAUUGGUGCCGGGGGUGAUGAUACGAUGGAUGAUGUCGAUGACGUUCAGGUGAAUUCCGGGAAUCCUGUUGAUCAUGGUCUUGCUAUGGUGUCUCGGACCAGUGAGCUGACGCUUUCCUUCGAAGGCGAAGUGUAUGUUUUCCAUGCGGUGACGCCGGAAAAGGUUCAAGCAGUAUUAUUGCUCUUGGGAGGGCGAGAUAUACCUACUGGUGUUCCUAGUAUCGAAUUAUCUUAUCAGAGCAACAGGGGUGUGGUUGAUAUUCCAAGACGCUCAAAUCUUUCACGGAGAAUUGCAUCCUUGGUUAGAUUUCGUGAGAAGCGGAAGGAAAGAAAUUUUGACAAGAAAAUUAGAUACAAUGUAAGGAAAGAGGUUGCACAGAGGAUGCAUCGUAAGAAUGGUCAAUUUGCAUCCUUGAAGGAGAGUUACAAAGAAGGGCUAGCUGCCUCUGGAAGUUGGGAUCCUUCACAGGGUCAGGAUGAUGGUACACCUCGUCCAGAAAUUGUUCUCCGGAGAUGUCAACACUGUGGCAUUAGUGAGAAGUCCACUCCAGCAAUGCGUCGUGGGCCAGCUGGUCCAAGAUCCCUUUGCAAUGCAUGUGGCCUUAUGUGGGCAAACAAGGGAACUUUGAGAGAUCUGUCCAAGGGAGGAAGGAAUGUUUCUUUUGACCAAAAUGAGCCUGGAACUCCAUGUGAAACAAAGGUAUUGCCCAUUGAAGCCGAAAAUCCUUCUACCAACCGGGAUGAGCAGGUAACUCUGAAGGAUCUUCCCAGGAUUACUACAGGAAGUGAGAAUCCUUUGGUCAACCAGGAUGACCAGGGAAGCCCAGAGGAGAUAAAGCCUUUAGCUGUGGAGAUUGGAAAUCCUUCUGUUGAUCAGGAAAACUUAGAUGAUCUUGCAAAUGCCUCUGAAAUAGAGAUUCCUUCCAACUUGGAUGAACAGCCCGACAUGGGUAGCGAUGGCCAGGGAAUCAUCACAUCAAAUGGCCAUGAAAUUGAACCCUAAGUGCAUGUUUGCCACCUGACCGUGAUGAGGAAGUACGUUGCUGGUUGCUACUGACAUUAGACGUCUGGAGAAGGUUUAUGUUCAUAAAAUACUAGGGGAUGAUGUUAUUUGUGUAUGGGAGUCGUGUUGGAAACCAAGCCCAGUGUUCAAAUCUAUGAUAUGUGAUCAAUUUCCUAGUUUUUUUUUUUCUUUUAAUUUUUUUCCUCCUUCCAUUGAAUUCAAUAUUAAAUAUGAUGCCUUUUGGGUUUACCUACGCUUUCGAAAUGUGUAGGUGAUUUGCCCUGGUCUUCUGUUUUUUUGUGGUUA